AUGGCGGGUGAGAGCGAUGGCGGCGUUGAAGGUUUUCGAAACGGCCGAAACUCUGGUUUCCGGUCCUCGUACAGGGAUAAGUUGCUUAGCUUGGGUGACUCGGGCUUCUUGGAGACUCACAUGUCAGCGGAGGAUGCGAUGAAGGGAUGGAAGGAUCAGUUCGCGAAGUGGAAUGGGAAGAAAUCUACGGUAGAUGCAGUGAUGGAGGGAGAUGGGUUAUCUGAGGAAAGAUCGUCGGAUGAGGAGCAUUGGUCCAAGUCGGGGAGGUUUCCGUCGUUGAAAUUUUCUGAUACUCAAUAUGAGGCAUGGUGCAAACCAUUCCGGAACUCCUUGAUUGUGAAACUUAUGGGAAAAUCAUUUGGCGAGAGUUUUAUGCAGCAACGCCUGGAGCGUAUGUGGGGUAGACCUCAGUCUCCUAUUAAAGUAAUGCCACUGAGUAACGAUUACAGCAUAGUCUCUUUCUUUUCUGCAAAAGACCGGGAUUAUGCGCUGCAAGAGGGGCCUUGGAUGAUUGGUGAUCACUAUCUGUUAGUACAAAGAUGGCGUCCGAAUUUUAACCCUUGGAGGGCUGAUCAACAGAAGAGAAUCGCGGCCUGGAUCCGCAUUCCGGACCUGCCCGUCAAGUUAUACAAUGUUGAAUCUCUUUGGCAGCUAGGCAAUCUUGUUGGUCGAACGCUCAAAAUUGACCGUACUACAGCCUUUUCAGAGAAAGGUGGGUUUGCCCGUAUUUGCGUGGAAGUAGACUUGGAGAAACCUUUGCUACCAGCUUUCAUGCACUUCGAUGAGGUGCAUAAAAUCCUAUAUGAGCGGUUACACCUCAUAUGCUUUCGGUGCGGUCAAUAUGGUCAUCACAAAGAAUAG